UGCCUCCUCCUCACAGCGUUGGUCGCCAUCCAUCCCCUCUCCUCCUGUACCAUAACAGAUGGUGGGAACAACAUUGCAUUCACCGGGUACCACAACAAUAGACCGCAGCAUCCAGUCCGGACAUCACUGGCCUUUCAGCACCAUGCUCCCAGAGCAGGACUGCGCGAGGUUGUGAGUGCCGUCGUGAUUUAUUUCACGCGGUAUCACCACGGCCACGGAGGAACCUUCUUGCGACUGUUUGGGCUCUCCAUCGAGUGGGGAAGAUGGCCGCUAUGAAAAUAUUAACGGGCACGGGGCUCUUCUUGGCUCUCUGUGCGCUGGGGCUGCUCGCCAUGGCGAUUUGCACCGAUUAUUGGUACGAGACCGACGCGAGGAGACAUCGAGAGAGGUGUAAAAACUAUGCCAACAAGCGAAACGACCCGGGUUACAUCUACAUUUCAAGCCACAACCUCCCCCUCCAGAUGCCUCCAAAGAGCCUGGAGAGGGAAGGUAACGGCCCAGAUGCUGCUCCUCUCUUCAGGAGGAAGCGGCACUUUCUGGCCGCCGCGUCUGCCAUGGAGUCUCACUGCAGCCGACAGUUUAACUCCACCAUCUCCGGUCUUUGGAGGAAAUGUCACCGGGAAGGAUUCGACCUGGAGACCGAGGACCUCAUUUAUAAAGGGAUAAUUCAAAGAUGUACCCCAGUCAAGUAUCACUAUUCUUCGUCCAUCUUACCACGAAAUUUACCCAUCAACAUCACAAAGACUAUACGGCAGGAUGAGUGGCAUGCACUCCAUCUAAGAAGAAUGACGGCUGGCUUUGUGGGCAUGGCUGUGUCCAUCAUUCUUUUCGGCUGGAUCAUUGGAGUGCUGGGAUGCUGCCAGCAGCAUGACCUCAUGCAAUAUGUAGCUGGGCUACUCUUUCUCAUGGGAGGAACAUGCUGCAUCAUCUCCUUGUGCACAUGUGUGGCAGGAAUCAACUUUGAGUUAUCCCGCUAUCCCCGCUACAUGUAUGGCCUCCCUGAAGACAUUAGCCAUGGCUAUGGCUGGUCCAUGUUUUGUGCCUGGGGGGGCCUCGGUCUCACAUUGCUGGCUGGCUUCCUCUGCACCUUGGCUCCCUCCCUGAGUACGCCUACCGCUCGCACAACCAUCCACAAGCCGAGGCAGGAGAACGGAACCGUGUGACAGGGGCCUUGUGAAGCGAUUGAACCACCGAACGCACAUACACACCCUUCCAAUCUUGAUGUUUAACUCUGAAACAGUUUUUGUCUGAUCACCAUCUCACAACACCCUUGGCAUUGCCAUCCCCCUUCAGUGUUCAGUGUGCCUGAGUUGUGACAGAAGGAGCAAAGCAAAGGCAAAUUUCACACACCUAAUCUUGAAAAUCCUCGCGGGACCUCCGGAAAGGCCGAGAGUGACACCUGAGUGACACCUGCAGUAACAUUUGACUGGGGCAUGGCUCUAAUAGCACAAAUAAGACUUUUUUUUUUUCUUUUGUUUUUGAUUUUUGAAAUGCUGACUUUACGGUGAUCUAAUGGUGACUGUUUUCUCUGAAGAGAAAUUGUCUUAAAAUGGUGCUCUCUUAAAUACAUAAAGCCACACACACUCCCACACAGGAGACACAUGCAAACACACAUGCACAGACACACACGCACACACACCAGCCUUUCCACACAUGCUCAAUUACUCUGGAUGAAUCACGAGAGAAAUCCAGCAAAAGGAACAAACAUCAGGCCAGAACAUCCUGUCAGCAUUCCUCUUUCAGUCAAGUGAAGUGUGCUGUGUUAUUGUUUGUAAUGGAAAAAAAAAAGAAAAAGAAAAAAAAUCCGGCACUGACUGCCCAUUGCCUAUCUUUAGUAUAGCACACUAACUGAUAUCAAACAUGAGCCCCAGGGUAGAUGUCUACAGCCUAUACUGGGUCUAGCAGUGUGGUCAGUAUCAUAAAAUACACAGAAAUCAUUUUGCCUCGAAAAGCAAAUUGUUUGACGCUUCUUUGACGAUUCUAUAUGUACAAAUGCAUCUCACUGUAGAUCCAGAUCAUCGUUUGUGUAAAGUAGAUUUUGAAUGUUUGUUUUCUGUUUGUUCAGAGGCAGUGAUGGCUGGCAGAGUUCAGUCAAUUACUAAGUAAAAGUAACCUAAGUAAGUAGGUAAAAAUCUAAGUAAAAGAAAGCAUUAAAACACAGCAGCUGCUGUGCUGUUGUGGAUCUGAUAGACCCAUGUGUUUGCUGAAGGCUGAAUCAUA